AUGACUCCAGCACACUACCGUCUACUUCUCUUGCUCAUCGCGUGGAGCGCUCCUUCCCCACCUGUGGCGGCCCUGCUCCCCUUGGCCCUGCCCACUGUGGCCCUGCUCCCCCCGGCCCUGCUCCCCUCGGCCCUGCUCCCCCCGGCCCUGCCCACUGUGGCCCUGCUCCCCCCGGCCCUGCUCCCCUCGGCCCUGCUGCCCCCGGCCCUGCCCACUGUGGCCCUGCUCCCCGCGGCCCUGCUCCCCGCGGCCCUGCUCCCCCCGGCCCUGCCCACUGUGGCCCUGCUCCCCACGGCCCUGCUCCCCAAGGCCCUGCCCACUGUGGCCCUGCUCCCCGUGGCCCUGCUCCCCGUGGCCCUGCCCACUGUGGCCCUGCUCCCCACGGCCCUGCUCUCCAAGGCCCUGCUCCCCUUGGCCCUGCCCACUGUGGCCCUGCUCCCCACGGCCCUGCUCCCCGCGGCCCUGCUCCCCCCGGCCCUGCCCACUGUGGCCCUGCUCCCCACGGCCCUGCUCCCCGUGGCCCUACUCCCCGCGGGCCUGCUCCCCGCGGCCCUGCUCCCCGCGGCCCUGCCCACUGUGGCCCUGCUCCCCACGGCCCUGCUCCCCAAGGCCCUGCCCACUGUGGCCCUGCUACCCACGGUCCUGCUCCCCAAGGCCCUGCUCCCCCCGGCCCUGCCCACUGUGGCCCUGCUCCCCACGGCCCUGCUCCCCAAGGCCCUGCUCCCCCGGCCCUGCCCACUGUGGCCCUGCUCCCCACGGCCCUGCUCCCCGCGGCCCUGCUCCCCGCGGCCCUGCCCACUGUGGCCCUGCUCCCCACGGCCCUGCUCUCCAAGGCCCUGCUCCCCUGGCCCUGCCCACUGUGGCCCUGCUCCCCACGGCCCUGCUCCCGCGGCCCUGCUCCCCGCGGCCCUGCCCACUGUGGCCCUGCUCCCCGCGGCCCUGCUCCCCUUGGCCCUGCCCACUGUGGCCCCGCUCCCCAAGGCCCUGCUCCCCCGGCCCUGCUCCCCUCGGCCCUGCUGCCCCCGGCCCUGCCCACCGUGGCCCUGCUCCCCACGGCCCUGCUCCCCAAGGCCCUGCUCCCCCCGGCCCUGCCCACUGUGGCCCUGCUCCCCAAGGCCCUGCUCCCCACGGCCCUGCUCCCCGUGGCCCUACUCCCCGCGGGCCUGCUCCCCGCGGCCCUGCUGCCCCCGGCCCUGCCCACUGUGGCCCUGCUCCCCAAGGCCCUGCUCCCCCGGCCCUGCUCCCCCCGCCCUGCUCCCGAGGCCCUUCUCCCCACCGCCCUUCUCCCCGGGGCCCUGCUCCCCGCGGCCCUUCUCCCCACCACCCUUCUCCCCGCGGCCCACCCCCCCCCCGCGCCUGGCAGGACAACCUGAGGCUCCUCCGGGUGCCCUGCAUUCCGCCCCAGCCCUCGGAGGGCGCCCAGGUGUCCUUCCUUUCAGGCCUCUGUGGCCCCCAUCCAGGCGCGGCAAGCACCCUCCCGGCCGUCUCCCACUGCCUCCGGAACCCAGCAGCGCGUGCGCAGGUGCUCAGGUGAAUCGGAGCAUGACCCGGUGCCCACGCUCUGCCACUGCAAACCCGCGCCCGAGCCAUUGGGCCCUCACAGGAUCCCGGACCCCUCUGAGAAUCGAACCCCGUGCAGCAUCUCAGAGCUCCAGGUUUCGUGUAUUCGUUUUCUAUUGUCCUCUUCCUCCCCACGCAUCAGUGACCGGCAAGGGUACUGCUGCUUGA